AUUAGAUUAUGAUAGUAUACAGGAUGCACUUGUAACUAUGGUCAAUCCGAAUAAUUAUAACAUAAAUACAUUUGAUAAUUACACUCCGAUUCUUCCAGUUGCGUCAGCCACUGCCACAAGCUAUUCUACUCAGCAAUGUAUUAUUGAAGACUAUACAUUGAAUAAAGAACAACAAGCUGCAUUUCUGAUAAUAACGAAUCAUCUUGAUGGUGACAAAGAACGUCAUAAAGGUACCAACAAUGGUCAACUAAUAAUGUGCAUACCUGGAUGCGGCGGUACAGGUAAAUCACAAUUGAUUCGUGCUGUCACCAAAUACUUUCUUAUUACAAAAAGAAUGCAGAUGAUGCGAAAACUCGCACCCACUGGAAUCGCUGCUGCUGAAAUUGGCGGCAUGACAAUUCAUUCAUUUUUAGGGGAACAACGUAAUUCAGGAAAGCCGCGCACCAUCAAACCAGGUGAUACAAAACUUGAAAACCAAUGGAGACUGGUUGAAUAUCUCCUAGUUGAUGAGAUGAGUAUGGUUGGUUUAACUCUACUUGGAAAACUCAAUCGAAUUAUGUCCGCUGCCAAACAUGCCGAUCCUCAAAUUCCAUUUGGUAGCAUAAACGUCAUAUUUUUUGGUGAUUAUUUACAGUAUCGACCAGUAUAUGAUGCACCGUUGUACACUGACUUUUCACAGCCCUCUAAAAACAAAUCAGGUCAAUCACGUAGUGAAAAAGAAAUUCAACAACGCGCUGCACGUUCCCUGAUACUUCAAAUUAACUGUGUGAUCAAACUUAGUCAACAGAUGCGAACAGAAGAUGAACGAUACCUUGAAUUACUCGAACGGCUUCGUCAAGGUAACUGUAAUUUGCAAGAUUAUGAAUUAUUGUCAACACGGAUCGUUGGUCAGCCAUCGGUUAGUUCUCUUCGCGAAUCACGAUGGAACGAAGCUCCCAUUUUAGCAUAUCGAAAUGAAGUACGAACACAAUUAAACAACAAAGCAGCAGUUCACAAUGCUGCACAACUAGGUCUUCAGCCAAUGGUAUGUGUCGCUCAAGAUACCUGCAAAGGAAAACCAAUUGAAGAUCCUAUACUGAUGAAAAAAUUAUUGGAAUUAUCUGACAGCAAGACAGAACACUUACCUGGUUUGUUGCCAUUUGUUCCUGGGAUGCCAGUUAUUUUAACGCAAAA